ACAUUCGGGAACAUAAAGAAGAUUUACGUUUGGUCAGCCAUCGUCAGUAUCACGUCGCUCCUGCCCCAAUAAAGAGGUUGGCGACAUGCUUUUCCAUCGACCGCUGCAUUGUUGGCUUUCGUUCACGACGCUCGUUUUCACCUGGUGCUGCACUUGGAGCGAAUAUCCAGCGAGUGCGGAAGCCGUCGGCGCACGCAAAUUACUUCGAAAUUGGAGAAGGAAAGCGGAAGAGUACGAGAGACUUUUUAAUUUCCUACCUCAACAUGACGAGCUGUUUUUAACGCCGCCGCAAGUGAUCAGGAAACGGGGCUACCCUGUCGAGAUCCAUCACGUGACCACAGACGAUGGGUAUAUUUUGGAACUUCACCGGAUUCCAGCUAAGCCGUUGAAUGACGGAUCUCCUAGAAAGGCCGUUUUCCUGAAUCACGGAGUGAUUGAAUCGUCCGGCACUUGGCUCGUCAAUCCGUCCAGUCGCUCCCUUCCGUUUCUAUUAGCGGAUCAGUCGUACGACGUGUGGCUGAGCAAUUUCAGGGGCAACAGGUACUCGAGGCAACACAUCAAACUCAAUCCAAAACAACCGAAAUUCUGGAAAUUUAGUUGGGAUGAAAUGGGCAAUUUUGACGUCCCAGCUAUAAUCAAUCACAUACUGACGUUGACGGGUUUGCCGACCAUCUCUUACAUCGGACACUCUUUAGGUUGUGGAGUAUUUUUCAUCGCCAUGGCUAAACAUCCAGAACUGAACGCUAAAAUCGAUCAAAUGGUUGCUCUAGCACCGCUGUCGUCCUUUGCUCAUUUCGCAACGCCUAUUUAUCGCCUUUUAGCUCCCUUGAGUGAACCCAUUGAAAAAUUUCUGAAGAAGAUUGGAACUUGGGGAUGGCUCGAUAGCGAUGGAUUGGGUGAUGUUUUAUUGAAAGCAACCUGCUCGCCGACUUACAAACAAGCCAGUUUUUGCAGAUAUGUAUUGGCACUCUUUACGGGACACAAUGAAGGAAAUAUCGAUCCGUCUAUAGUCCCGUUGGCAAUGACCAACAUCUUCCGUGGAACAUCGGUGCAAGUCAUAGCGCAAUUUGGCCAAAAUUAUUUAGCAGGAGAAACAUUUCAGGCCUACGAUUAUGGGAAAAAGGGCAAUUUGAAACGAUACGGUUCGUUCAAACCGUAUGAGUAUCGCCUCGGGAAAAUUACAGCUCCGGUGUACGUUUUUUCGGGUGGAAAUGACCUACUUGUAACGCCACAGGAUGUUGAUUGGCUUCUGAAGCAAUUAACGAAUUUGAAAGGCUCUCUUCGCAUCCCCGAGUACAGCCAUAUGGAUUUCUUAUGGGGAACUGACGUUAAAGAGAAAAUCUACAAUCGAGUCAUAGCUCUUUUACCGCCACCGUGA